AAGUAAAUCAACAUCCGAACCUUUACAUAAGAAAGAGAAAUACGGAAAGGGCGCAGGUACUUGAAACCACCAAAAGACCGCUAAAGAAUACAUUUACUCAAAAAUCAGUUUGAUGAAGCUCUCCUUCUUCAAACGCCAUUGCUGCUCUUUCGCUUCUUUAAACCCCCCAAAUCCCAUCAAAUAUCCGUCAGACAAGUAUUCCCAAAUCCUCCAUUUUUGCAAGUCAGCUGAACUUUUCUCUGCCAUCCAUCUCCUAAACGCCGCACAUUUCCCUUCCCAAACAACCUCUUCAAACAAACCAUUACUAUACGCUUGCCUCUUGCAAACUUGCACAAAUGUUCAAUCUUUUCCACAUGGGCUCCAAUUCCACGCCCACGUGAUUAAAUCUGGUCUCGAGACGGAUCGUUAUGUAGGUAAUAGUUUACUUGCUCUGUAUUUUAAGUUGGGUCCUGAUUUUAGAGAAACUCGGAGAGUUUUUGAUGGGUUGUUUGUGAAAGAUGUUAUAUCGUGGACAUCGAUGAUUUCGGGGUAUGUUAAAGCGGGUAAGCCUGAGAGUUCGCUUGAAAUGUUUUUCGAAAUGUGGGGUUCAGGAGUUGAGCCAAAUGGCUUCACUUUAUCUACUGUGAUCAAGGCGUGCUCGGUUCUUGGGAAGUUGAGGUUGGGGUGUUGCUUUCAUGGAGUGGUUAUGAAACGUGGGUUUGAUAUGAAUCGUGUAAUUUCGAGUGCGUUGAUUGAUUUCUAUGGUAGGAAUUGUCAGUUGAAUGAGGUGUGUCAGUUGUUUGAUGAAUUGCCUGAACCGGAUGCUAUUUGUUGGACUUCUGUUAUUUCUGCUCUCACGAGGAAUGAUUUGUAUAACCAAGCAUUGGGUUUAUUUUAUUUGAUGCAAAGGAAUCAUGGGUUGAUCCCAGAUGGAUUUACAUUUGGGACAGUAUUGACAGCAUGUGGGAAUUUAGGGAGGUUGAGGCAAGGGAAGCAAGUACAUGCUAAGGUCAUUGCCUCUGGACUAUGUGGAAAUGUGGUUGUUGAGAGCAGCCUUCUUGACAUGUAUGGAAAGUGCGGGUUGGUUGAUGAGUCUCAGCGUGUUUUUGAUAGGAUGUCGAAAAAGAAUUCAGUUUCAUGGUCUGCAUUGCUUGGUGUUUACUGUCAGAAUAAAGACUAUGAAUCCGUUAUUAGAAUAUUCAGGGCAACGGAUGAGGUUGAUAUCUACUGUUUUGGGACUAUUCUCCGUGCAUGUGCAGGUUUGGCCGCUGUAAGACAAGGGAAAGAAGUUCACUGCCAGUACGUGAGAAGGGGUGGUUGGAAAGAUGUUAUUGUAGAAUCAGCCUUAGUCGAUCUUUAUGCAAAAUGUGGUUGUAUUGAUUUUGCACUCCGCAUCUUUUUGCAGAUGUCUAAUAGAAAUUUAAUAACAUGGAACUCAAUGAUUUAUGGAUUUGCUCAGAAUGGAAGAGGUGGAGAAGCUCUAAGUAUAUUUGAUGAGAUGAUCAAGGAGGGCCUUAAGCCUGAUUAUAUUAGUUUUAUUGGGGUUCUCUUUGCCUGUAGUCAUGCUGGCUUGGUAGAUCAAGGGCGAAAAUAUUUUACCUUAAUGACUGGGGAAUAUGGGAUUAAACCUGGAAUUGAACAUUUCAAUUGCAUGGUUGAUCUCUUGGGCCGUGCUGGGUUACUGGAAGAAGCUGAAAAUUUGAUAGCGAAUGCAGAAUUUAGAGAUGAUUCAUCUCUUUGGGCUGUUCUUCUUGGUGCUUGCUCAACCAUUACAAGUUCCAGUACCACAGAGCGCAUUGCAAGAAAAAUGAUUGAACUAGCGCCUGACUACCAUAUGAGCUAUGUUCUCCUAGCUAAUGUUUAUAGAGCAGUUGGCCGAUGGAAUGAUGCUAUAAAGGUUAGGAAGCUAAUGAAAGACAGAGGAGUCAAGAAGAUUAGGGGCAUGAGCUGGAUUGAGACUACUAGUAACAUGGGUUCUUGUCUCGAUGUGGUUGAUAUGGAUAUGCCAGGAAGGAGCAAAUUUCUACGCGUUAGGGAUCCAAUCUGAUGGUGAGAACAAAUCAGUGUGAAUUAAUUUUCUAACCUGGUUCAAAAUUCGAACUUUCUGACCUGCUGAGAGUAUAGAGUUCAAAGUUCGUGAAGCCAUCCAAACAGCUUUGGUUUCCAUUGGCAUCUGAUGUUCAUCAAAAAGUUCUCUUAAAGGUUUAGAAUCACCGAACGACCUGCUGACAGACAGUUUAAUGACCAUGUAGGCAAACGCAGAUCAUGCAAAUCAGAUUUUCUUACUGAAAGAGAGUUUCGUAGAAUCCCAUACUCCAGCAUUAUGAGAAAUUGAUUAUGAUUUCUCUUGGUCUUUUGCCUGGUUAAUUUGGGCACUAAGAAUUUUUUGAACAGGCAGGAAACUCUUUUCUAACACAUCAAUUUUUUAUUAAACUCAUAAUGGGAGUACAAGGUAAUCCCAGGCCAGAAGAACUUGAAUUAUACAAAAUCAUCCUUCACCUUUAUUAUUCCUUUUGUCUCACCUUAACUCUAUUACGGUUGAAUUGAAGUGAACCCUUUUGUUGACAUGCUCAUCGAUAGUAAAUUUCAUUUUCGGGUUUGAACUAU